AUGGCAGCAUCGAGAAUCUCCAAUAUUUCUUCAAUCUGGGAUUUCAAAGAUACCCUGUUCCGGGCAUUGGCGGCAGCUUGCGCUGCGAUGGGCGAGGAACCUUUCAGACGCCAAUUGAAGACAAUCGCGACUUAUUACGGUGAGGGAGCAACAUACCGUGAGAUCGAAGCCCUCUUCACAAAGGACGUCCCCGCGAAAGCAGAGCAACUUAAACUCGAAUUUGCCGAUCGCCACGGCUGUGGCCGACAGAGGCCUUCGAGAGGCAUAGCAGGAUCUCGUCGGCCACCUCUGCUCGACUUUGAUGACGAGGGUCUUAGCAUCCUUAGCCCUGGAGAGGUCGAAAUAUUGAAAGCUCGGUCUGACAAUUCGCUCCAAGCUCCUGCAAAACGUCGUCGAGUUAUUGAAGCAUCACCUCGAACAUCGCCCGCCGGAGACAUACCAGCAAGCGAGGCCAUGGCAGCUCCUCUAAGAGAGCCCGGAAAUGGGCGGGUGAUGACUACUGGAACUGUGGCAAACGAUUUUGGGGUAGCCCUUGGUGUUUCUUCGCAUAUCGCAGGGCAGAAUCACGCUGAUUGCCUCGCUCGAGAGACCAUUACCCAGACCCGAAAACGCAGAUCCUCGGAGUUUCAUGACCCAAUCGAGCUCCAGACCACAAGCAAUCCUCACUUGAAUGCGCCACCGAGAUUUGAAUCCUUCGGUUACGUUACGAAGAACGGUGAGUAUCGGUGUGCACUUUGCCAGAGGCAACUGCCCAAUGAAGGAGACCUUAAGCUACAUGAACAAAUCAGCAAGGAUCACAUCCGCAGCUUGAAAGAUAAGCAAAAGGUUAUCGAAGGCCGUGAGAGACUGGCCAAGCUUACUGCAGCGCGAAAUGAAGGCCAGAAUGCGGGUUCCUCAGCGCAAUGCUGCCGACUGAGUAUCACCGAUCUACUUGCAUCAAGUCCUAGACCCGCGGCCGCCGCGCGUUCGCGUCUUGAGGAAAGUGAUAACAGCUUUCAAUACGAAGUGCCUGUGCGUCAAAGUCAUGACCGUCAAGAUUCCCCAAUGGACGUCGACGAGACACGGCCACACGAUCCCAGUGCCUUGCCGAUUCGACAAAGCGUUGACCACGCAGCCGCCAUUUUACCAGCUAGACCCUUACAGAUUCGUGACAAGGGCAAAGACCGCGCGGCUUCGCUUGUGUCUCUGUCGGAUGACUCCACUCCGCAUCUAAACGCACCGCCUGCACUGGCAUCGGAGAUACAGACGCGCUCUAUGACCGCUCAGACUGAAAUCGGUACGCUUAACACUCCUCACCCAGCCCAAUACAUUGGCUCGGCUCCUACGCAGCAGUCUCAUAGCCUCGAGGCGAAACUGGAUGAUGGAGCACCUGAGAUCUCAGCUAGCACUAUCAACGAGAUCUUGCGCUCAACCGGCGUCGCUAUUGACGUAUUGCACGCUUUUCGGAAUUCUGCGUCCGCUUGGGUCGAGUCCAACAACACCAUCUUCGAGUCUGGGCCAGCGAAUAUUCCUGAGCCAACCUCUGAGCCUCUCUUUAAAGAGGACAGUGCCAGUCCAACCGACAACUCUGGUCUUCCCACGACCGUGCUCUUCGAGACCCUGGAUAACGCGGGUCCGCCAAGGGGUUCGAAUCCAAACAGCAGAAAUGACGAGCAGGGUACGAUAUCAGGGCCGGGGAUUAAAGUACGUCUGGGUGUCACACGUGAACAUGUUAACGGCUGUGGAAAGAAGAAGGAUGUGGGCGAGCCAAUUUCUGUCAUUGUUCUUGACUAA